GGAGUGAAUCAUCAGUAGAUCUCCUGGGCGUUCCCAAUCUGCGGAUUGGUGAACGUUGAGCUCGAAACGAAGACAUCAUGGAUCUUGGUACAGGGUGCACACAGGCUGCAGGGUCCCUUGGGCUUGGAGCAUGGUUAUGGUUGGUGGUGAUACUGGUUGGGUGCUUGGCUCUAUGGUGAAGAUGAGGAUCGCUUUGGGGCAUGAGGCGGCCUGGCGGUAGUGGUCAUGUCAGGGCUCUUCGAUGGUGCGGGAGGAUAGACGGUCAAUGGUGCUUCGGCACUAAACCAGGCCUACCGUCGUCGAGUCCGGAGUCCUAGCUGUGCGUGGUGGUUGUAUCCCCAGCUAGUGUACUUCCUUGGCUAUUUGCUACUGCCUGCAUACAAUGCAGCAGCGAAGGUGGGAGAGACUUAGUCGGGUGUCGUUUGGAUUCUACUAGCACCCAACCAGUAUGAGCUUGGACAUGAGGCUUGGACUUGUACGAGUGGUUGGAUAUCAUGGGCAUUAUCAAGGUUGGACAUCAAGGACAUCUUCAAGGUUGGACAUCAAGGACAUCUUCAAGGGUAUACAUCAAGGACUUCAUCAAGGUCCAUUGGCAUGGACAUCUUCAAGGAACAAUAGUAUGGACAUCAAGGACAUCGGGUAUCAGCUCAGCAUCAAUAAAACCACUCAUGAGCCUCAACAUUAUACUUUGCUUGCCUCCGUCUUCUCCAUAUCUUCUUGCAUACCUUACUGUGUGAUUGACGCUUGAGGAAAUGCCUCUGUAUCUUCAUAGCUCAGCUAGUGCUGUUGUGACUGUUGUGAUAACGCGGAUAUUUGGCUG